AUGCAGUCUCAAACCUCUAUUCCACGCUUGUUCCUGGUGCUGACUGCUUGCGCCAAUGCAGCCUCCAUCGCAAAGCGAGAUGUCAAAACCUCAUCAACUCUGCAAACUGGAUGGUCUUACUCUGGCUGUUAUACCGAUAACAAUAAUGGCAUCCGACAGCUGUCACGGGAUGGAUACAGAGAUUACAAUGCCAUGACUGAAGAAACAUGUAUAGCAUAUUGUAGCAGCAAAGGCUACCCCGUUGCGGGAGUCGAGUAUUCUAGCGAGUGUUACUGCGACUUUCAAUUAGCUUCAACUUCGGUAAAGAAGCCCGAGACCGACUGCAACAUGCCCUGCAGCGGCGACAGCACAGAAGCCUGUGGCGGUAGCGACAGAAUUUCGGUAUUCACAAACGGCGUCGCGGCCCCAGUAAUCAACCCCGGCCCUCCGGGCUGGUCAUCCCUGGGCUGCCAGAACGAUCCCGGCCCAAGACUUCUUUCUUACCGAGCCGGCGUCGCAGCUGGCGACUCCAAGAUGUCGGUGUUGCAAUGCACCAACGCAUGCCAGGCUGCUGGCUACUCGCUCGCCGGCGUGGAAUACUCGUCCGAGUGCUACUGCGACAACCAGUUUCGUAACACGGGCUCUUCGGGCUUCGACGGCUGCAACAUGCUCUGCUCCGGCAACAGUUCCGAGUACUGUGGCGGUCCCAACCGGAUCAACGUCUACCAGGCAUCCGCCAAGCCCAAGGCUGCCAGUGUCAUGCCCUCAGGAUGGGCUGAGAAGGGAUGUCUGAAGGACAACGUCCUUGGAAGGGCUCUUACGGUCAACGUUGGCGUUGUUGGCGGUACCCAGAACAUGUCUGUUGGUGGCUGUGUUUCGGCGUGUUCUGCUGCUGGUUAUCCCAUCGCCGGUGUCGAGUACUCGCAGGAAUGCUGGUGUGAUAGCCAAAUCAGAAAUGGAGGUGUAGCGGCGUCGGAUGGUUGCGAUCUGCCUUGCAAGGGCAACACGGCAGAGCUAUGUGGCGGAGGCAAUCGUCUCAACGUUUAUGCUUCGAUUCCUCUGACCCUG